UUAACUCAAGACUCACUGAUUUGAGCUGUUUGCAUGAGCACAAGGGGAAAGUUGUCUCCUCAGAGAGUCAGACUGAUCCUGAUUGGAACGGAAAGAUUCUUGAGAGUACUGCGGGUCAUUUUUAAAACUUACAGUAAUUAGGUCGCCAAUUUUAUAAAUUCAGUUGACCUAGAGAAAUACAUUAAACCAGUUGCUAAACCAAACUGCAAGAGACUUGGCACAAACUCAAUGGACACCACUUCCACCAUCAACAAAACCUGGAGCCUUUGUGCAUUUACAAGCUUUAUAGGCUGCAUUUUCCUGGUACUUAGUCUGAAUCAUGGCCAGGACAGACUAAACCUUUCAGCUGUCCAAAAGAUAGCCAUAUCAAUAGCAUCAUCAACUCCCACUUAUAGCAUAGAAUCGUUAGAGCCUGAGAAUUUCUCUGAGAGUAAGAACCUAGUAAAUGAGAAAGAAGUGAAAUGUAAUAUCUUUGAUGGAAAUUGGGUUUAUGAUCCUGAGACAAUUCCUGUAUAUACCGCUUCUCUGUGUUCAUUUCUCAGUGAUAAAGUGAGCUGCCAAAGAAAUGGAAGGCCAGAUUCUGGUUACGAGAAAUGGACUUGGGAAGCUAAGGGUUGCAACAUUCCAAGGUAGUUUAAUGGCACAGACAUGCUUGAGAGACUUAGAGGAAAGAGGGUGAUAAUAGUUGGAGACUCACUUGACAGAAACCAAUAGGAGUCACUUGCUUGUCUUCUAUAUUCUGACAUACGCUCGUGUCGAUGUCAGAAGAAGUGUUAUAAAGUCUUCAAGGCAACGAUAAGAGACUAUAAUUGCUCUGUAGAGUUUUACUGGAGCCCAUUUUUAGUCCAACUCAGGAAGCAAGCAAAUGGAAGCAGGAUUCUGAGGCUUGACAAACUUUCACCCUCAGCGAAGUGGAGAGGAGCUGAUUUUAUGGUAUUUAACACCGGUCACUGGUGGAUUCACAGUGGAUCGUUGAAAGCGUGGAAUCUAUUUCAAUAUGAUGGAAAAUUGGAGGGAAUGGAGAUCAAAUCUGCAUUCAUAACGGCUAUGAGAACCUGGGCUCAUUGAAUUGAUGGCAACAUUGAUGAAACGAAAACAGUCUUUUUCCGGAGUAUAUCACCCAAACGCAAAGGGGAGAUGUGGUGUUACAACAGAACGCAACCCAUCAUGGAUGAAUACUAUGCAUAUGCUUUUCCAAUGCCGGUACAAGAAAUUGUAGAAAGAAUAAUUGGAGGCAUGAAGACACCUGUAAGGUACCUGAACAUCACGAAGCUAUUAGAGUAUCGAAGAGAUGCGCAUCCAGCCAUAUAUGCAAGAAAACAACAGAAGCUAUUGAUAGCUGAACUGCAGCAACUACAACCGGAGUCUCACAUUGAUUGCAGCCACUGGUGUUUGCCUGGACUACCUGAUACAUGGAACAAACUCUUGUAUGCAGCCAUAAUAUCAGAAAGCGCACCAGAUAUUACUACUUCAAUCUAGAAUUUCCGCUUGAUCAAUCUAGAUUAGUAUUAUUUGGGUAACAUAGAAAAUCAUGAAGCAAACUGUUCCCAAAUGAAAUUCUCUCUCUCAAUAACAGUUGCUACUCUGAGGCAAGAUUGAUUAGAUCCUUACGCCUAUGAUUUUCGCUUUUCUUUUCUCUUUUUUUCUGGUCUUCCUUCAUUUUAUUUAUUUAUUUAUCUUUUUGCAUUUUCUCAAAUUGUCAAGUAUGAUCAUGAGG